AGUAAAUGGGGUGGGUUAUGAUAAAAUAAUUGACAUCGUUACAUUGCAGCAAAUGAUUAACAUAUAUGAAAAAUAUAAUAAUAUUUGAAAGGUUCAAUCAUUUAUUCUUUUCUGUAUCUUUGUGCAGGAGAAGAACCAUAAGAGUUUUGUGAGACCUUCCUGUGUAUCAGUGAUGUGUCCCAAGCCUUUUGUAUUCAUGAUGCUGAUGGUUAUUGCACUACUACCUUCUUGCCAGCCUGCAUCAGCUGUGAAACGGAUCACAUUAUUCCGACACAAAAUGACACUUAAGGCGGACAGUCGGAAUCUGAUCCCAUGUAUGUUCUACCCAGACCAUGCCAUCGAUCCAGCUGUUCUUCAGUUAGAAUGGGGUAAAAUUCCCGUAGGUGGGGGGGAGUACACCCCUUUAAUCCACCUUUCCAACGGCAGAGUACAAACCUUCCAUGACAACAGUAGGAAGUACCAGCUUUUUGUUUCUCUGGUGCCGAGUGGGAACUGUACAUUGGUCAUCGAUGACACUGAUACGUCGGACGGUGGAACUUAUGAAUUGUGGAUGUCGGUGAAUAAGGUUGUGUAUAAGCCCGCUUCCAAGAUCAAAAUCGACAUUUUGGAUGACAAGAAACCUUCUUCUCGGGCACUUUGGUCCGACAUAAUUAAAACACUGAAAGAUAAUUUGAAGGGAGAAGCAGAAACGACUACGAAUACUCCAAUUACUACAGAUACUCCAAUUACUACAACUACUACAAAAACGACUUCACAAACUCCAACUACUCCAACGGCUAUAACUACUCCAACACCUACUAGAGCUACUAUAAAAGCGCCGACUACUACUACUACAACCAGUAUAAUGACUAGUACAGAGCCGGCAGUUGCAAACAGUGAUGCUGUCGAGAGGGCGUUAGUUAUAUCGGUGAUGGUGAUUGGACCGAUUCUUGUGAUAACCUCAAUCAUAUCAGGAGUUGGAAUUUAUAUGUAUGUGACACUGAGGAAGAAACGUUCAUCUAGAGAUGUAGAGAACCCAGAAGUGAGCACACUAGCAUCACAGCCCUCCAGUACAUGCACUGUUCAAAUUGAGAAUGAAACUCAAUCUGAUGGUGAAGAGGAGUGUGAAGAAGAAGAAGAAACUAAUGAUGAGGAGUGUGAAGAAGAAGAAACUAAUGAUGAGGAGUGUGAAGAAGAAGAAGAAACUAAUGAUGAGGAGGGUGAUGAAGAAGAGACAGAGGAAGAAGAAACAGAAAAUAUCUGAUAAACCUCCGUGAUCUAUUAAAGGAGACGGAGAUGAAGAAAACAAUAAAACUGAUAAGAAUGACAAGAAAUAGGACUAUUAUGAGUCAACAGAUGAUAAGAACUGAGUGACACAAUAAAGUCUUCCUGCUGCGUUUUCUUCAUUUUUAAUAAUUUAUUUUACUGUUAAGAUUUUAUGCAUUUUUUUUGAAUGUAUAAAUCAACAAAACAAAAUAAAAAUUUGAACCUUUGCUCAUGACAUUCAGAUAUCUUUGUACUGGCAGCUGGUUUUAAAAAAAAUCCUCUCCUAUUUGCUUAUAUACUUAGGGGGUGAUUUAUCAAUGUUUGAAUUCAAAUUUGUUUGCGCUAUAACUUGUCAGUUUGAAUUAUCCUUUUAAAAAUUAGUUUGUAUGAUAUAUAUAUUAAGUAUGAAAAAUUUACAGAGUUUGAAUGUAAAACUUUGGCAUCUAAAAGCUAUUAAGUUAAUG